GCUAUCGACGACGGAGAAGACAGCAGAGCGGCGACUGCGGUUGCCGUUGUCCGUCGUUUUCAAAUCGAGAGUGCGGCCGGGCGGAUGAAGGCAGCGCUUUCCAGGUGGCGGCAGAGACUACUGUUGCAAAGGGUGUUGGACGCCCCGGACUGCAUCACCACAUCUCAAGCCGUGGUUCAGUUGUGUGCUUCUAUCGGGAGCGGUUUGCUUCCUCGGGCGACGCCACGUUGGUGGAUGCGGCGGAGAGCUGGUGGGACUUGGGAGGAUUUACGGGUUUGCGAUGACGCGACAGAGGACUACUUCCGGGAAAAGCUCCGCAUGUCGAGGAGAGUGUUCAUGGAGAUCAGCGAAGCAUGUGUGCCUGAUGUGCAGCGGCAGGUGACAUUUUACAGGGAGCCACUGCAGCCAAAGCAGAUCGUCGCAUACGCAUUGUAUAGGUGGGCCACAGGAGAGUCUUACGAUAACAGCACCUCAUCCUUCGGCAUGGGCAGGACUUCCGGAGUUCGAGUCGUGCGCGAUGUGACAGCCGCCAUUUUGAGGGUGUACGGGGAGAAGAUAUCAUGGCCGACGGGGGUGCGGAAACAAGUCGUCCUACGGGAUUUUCUGGACAAGGGCUUUCCAAAUUGCCAUGGCGCAGUUGACUGCACACACAUCUACGUGGACAAACCGGCGAACGCGCCUAGCGAGAACUACUUCGACCGCAAGCACCGUUUUUCCGUCAUUGCGCAGGUUGUGGUGGACCUGGAUCUGCGCGUCCUUGAUGUGUUCGUGGGAUAUCCGGGUAGCUGCCAUGACAUUAGGGUGAUCCAGCUGUCAAGUCUGUCGAGGCGCGCGGAAGAGGGAUUGCUGUUUCGUGGGCCGCCUGUGACGCUGCCGGGAGGGGUGACGACGAACGGAUACAUCUUGGGCGACAACAGGUAUCCUCCUUCUGAGUAGGUGGUGGUGCCGUACGGAGGAAUCAAUCAGCACCCGGACG